UGGCGGCCCGGGGCGCGGCGUUCCGGCGACUCAGCUGUUUGUCCCCAGGCAGAGAGGCGGAAGCCCGCGGGGCGAGGGAGGAGCUUCGCGCGGGGUGGACGCCCACACUACGUGCUCGUUCGCCUCGCGACCGCUGCGCGCGAGCCCGAGUCUCCGCGGCGGGCGGCGGCGGCGGCGUCGGUGGAACGCGAGUGGGCGGCGGGAGCCCGCGGCGGCGGCGGCGGUUACGGCGAAAUGGCGGAGACCGUUGCGGACACCCGGCGACUCAUCACUAAGCCGCAGAACCUGAAUGACGCCUACGGGCCGCCCAGCAACUUCCUGGAGAUCGAUGUGAGCAACCCGCAGACCGUGGGGGUCGGCCGGGGCCGCUUCACCACCUACGAGAUCAGGGUCAAGACAAAUCUUCCUAUUUUCAAGCUAAAGGAAUCUACUGUUAGAAGAAGAUAUAGUGAUUUUGAAUGGCUACGAAGUGAAUUAGAGAGAGAGAGCAAGGUUGUAGUUCCCCCACUGCCUGGAAAGGCAUUUUUGCGUCAACUUCCUUUCAGAGGAGAUGAUGGAAUAUUUGAUGACAAUUUUAUUGAGGAGAGGAAGCAAGGGCUGGAGCAGUUUAUAAACAAGGUCGCUGGUCAUCCUCUGGCACAGAAUGAACGCUGUCUUCACAUGUUUUUGCAGGAUGAAAUAAUAGAUAAAAGCUAUACUCCAUCUAAAAUAAGACACGCUUGAAAUUUGGCAAGAGGCAAAAGCGUGACCGUUACUGAUCUGCACCAGUGAGACGUUCUAACCACCCCUUAGCAUGCUGCACAGAAGCUGUUCUAACGCGCCUUCGGUAUAGUAACACUCAUGUGCUCACUUUGGUUUGGCAGUUGACAAGUUAAUUUGCUUUAGUGGAAGUCUCUCAUUCUAGCCUUUCUCUAUAAAUAGCUCUUCCUUGCUGAUUUAACGUGGUAUAUACACUAGCUUCACAAGCCUCCCCAUAUAAUCUGCAGUGUCCUAACUAAAGUUUCUGACUCGGUCUUAUUUGCACAGUUUUUGUGUCAUGCUUGCUUCUUCAGUCUGAUUAACUAAAGUAACCCCCAGAUGUGAUGCCGCUUGGUCUAAUUUAUGUGUAGGAGCACUACACCGCUCGUUUUCAGUGCCGCACACGAAAGAUACACACCCUUCUCCCGGCCUGUAGUGCCCUUCAGAUGAAAAAUUAAUGAGGGAAAUCUUUAUAUUCUAUAUACAAACAAAUCAAAUUUAUAUACUAAAAUCAUUUGUCUAAAAUUUUAAGUUGUUUUCAAAUAAAAAUGCAUUUCUGAUAUGCA